UACCCACAUUCGAGGAGUGUUCAUUAGAACAUCUGUAAGCACACACACUCUCUCUCACUGUCAGCUUUCUGCUGCCACGGUCCCAGUGUGCAGGCAGAGAAGCUUCCCAAAGUGCUGAUAUUUUAAUCCUGGUUUAGACGCAAAGAUUUCAGGGAGGGGGAAGCAGCCCCUCUGGCACUCAGAUAAAGGAUCUGCCCAUCAUCAGUCAACAUGUCCCUACAGAUGAUAACAGUGAAUAAUAAUGCCUCCCUAAUCCAACCAGGUUUCUCUUUGAUGAAUUUUGAUAGACAAGUUUUUUUCUUUGGGCAAAAGGGCUGGCCCAAGAGGUCUUGCCCCACUGGUGUUUUUCUCUUCGAUGUCAAACGGAACCAGCUCAAACUGAAGCCUGCUCUUUUCUCUAAGGACUCCUGUUACCUCCCCCCUCUUCGAUAUCCAGCUACAUGCAUCUUCCAAAGUAAUCUUGAGUCAGAGACAAAACAAUAUAUCAUCCAUGGAGGAAAAACCCCAAACAAUGAACUGUCAGAUAAGAUUUACAUCAUGAGUGCCAUUUGCAAGAAUAACAAGAAAGUUACUUUUCGUUGUACAGAGAAAGAAUUAGUUGGAGAUCUUCCUGAGGCAAGAUACGGCCACACUAUUGAUGCAGUUUAUAGCCGAGGAAAGAGCAGGUGUAUUAUCUUUGGAGGACGGUCUUAUAUGCCAUCUGCCCAGAGGACCACAGAAAAAUGGAACAGUGUCAUUGACUGCUCUCCAUGUGUCUUUUUAAUGGAUAUUGAAUUUGGAUGCUGUACCUCCUACAACUUUCCAGAGCUCCAGGAUGGGCUCUCCUUUCAUGUCUCCAUUGCCAAAAAUGAUACUAUUUACAUUCUCGGGGGCCAUUCUCUCAUUAAUAAUAGCCGACCUCCCAACUUGUACAAAUUGAAGGUGGAUCUGCCAUUGGGGAGCCCCGCAGUGACUUGUACUGUCUUACCAGGAGGAAUCUCGAUCUCCAGUGCCAUCCUGACUCAAACUAAAAGCAAUGAGUUUGUCAUUGUGGGGGGCUACCAGCUUGAAAAUCAAAAAAGGAUGGUCUGCAACAUUGUUACGGUAGAGGACAACAAGAUUGAGAUCCAAGAUAUGGAGACUCCAGAUUGGACCCCUGAUAUUAAACACAGCAAGUUAUGGUUUGGAAGCAGCAUGGGAGAUGGGACCGUUUUUCUUGGUAUACCAGGGGACAAUAAGCAAGCUAUGUCAGAUGCACACUAUUUCUACACCUUGAAGUGUGGUGGAGAUGACCCAAUGGAUGAAGAACAGGCAACAGUCUCCUGCAGUCAAACAUCAGCAGAAGACCCAGGUGACUCCACUCCCUUCGAAGACUCAGAAGAAUUUUGUUUCAGUGCAGAAAUCAACAGCUUUGAUGGGGAUGAUGAUAUUGAUACCUAUAAUGAAGAUGACGAAGAAGAUGAAUCACAAACAGGUUAUUGGAUCAUCUGCUGCCCCACCUGUGACAUUGACAUCAAUACCUGGGUACCCUUCUAUUCCACUGAACUCAACAAGCCUGCCAUGAUUUACUGUUCUCAUGGAGACGGCCACUGGGUCCAUGCCCAGUGUAUGAAUUUGGCCGAGCAGUUGCUCAUUCAUCUCUCAGAAGGAAGCAGUAAAUAUUUCUGUAAUGAGCAUGUGGAAAUGGCAAGGGGCCUACAAACACCAAAGAAGACUCUGCCUUUAAAAAGAACCCCAUUGAAACCUCUCCACAAAAAAGCCCCCGUAAAAAUAAUAACUCCAGCCAAGAAAUCAUUUUUCAGAAAGUUAUUUGAUUAGAAUUAUAAAAAUUUUUGGAUUUAAAUUCCACACAUCAAUUUUUUAGACCUAAGCUUUAAAAUCACAGUUUUAACAUAGGGAGUUUCUGUUUUGUCCACUGGGAAAAAAAAAUGUAUCUUUUUUUUUUACCCUUAUGAGUUUAGUCCUGAGGAGAGGGAGUUCAUUAAAUCCAAUUCCAAAUAUAUUUAUUAAAUGAAACUAAGUUCAGCAAGUAAUACACAUAGAGGCUUCCAAAUCAUAACUUUGGAGUUAGAAGAGAUCUUCAAGUUCUUUAUUUUACAGAUAAGGAACUUGAAUCCCAGAAAGUUUAUAAGAUUUAUCUGUAGUCACAGAUUGGAGCAAAAUUUGAACUCAGAUCCACUUCAUUUCCAUUUUGUUGAGAAUUUCAUAUCUGAAUAUUGAAAAACCUUGAAAAACCUUAAACAUAGAAAUAUACUCAUAAUAGCUUAUGUUUCUAUAGAACUUUUAAUUUUUUAAUUUUAAAAUUUUUCAUGCCUUUUUGGUCAGAGAUGUGCUAUAUAUGGCCAAUAAUACUGAAAGUAACCAAAACAAAUUAAGAUGUAAUUGGGAAUUAGUUGAUUAAAUAAAUAAAAGCAUAAAAGAGCAUAGAUAAUGUUAAUAUGUAGUUUUCUAAAUCAACAUGGCAGUAUGGAGGGAUCCUUAUGUACCAUUUAGUGGGAAGAGGGUUGUUUGUUUUUUUUUAAUUUUUGUUUUCCCCAGUUACUGUGUAAAACAACAUUUUUGAUUAUACAUGUACAUUCAGCUUUUUACAAAUCUGCUUAUGAAUUAUGUUAGAAAAGUCAGAAUGAAAGGGAAAAAUCACAAGGAAAAAAACAGAAGAAAAAG